AUGGAUUUAGUUCAGCAUCUUGAAAAAAAACUUUCUCUUGUAGACUUUGCUAAUAGAGGCCUAACAAGAUUACAGGCUGCCAUAAGCUUUGCAGAUCAGCUAGCUCAGGUUGACACAGAAGAUGUAGAACCAAUGUAUUCUGUUCUUGAAGACAGGUCCCUGGCACUUGCAGAUGAUGAAGUAUUGGUAGGAAAUAUAUCCGAUGAUAUAUUGGGCUGCGCAAAGGAGACAUUUGAAGAUUACUUUGUUGUGCCACCAGGGAACAUUGACUACGUUCCUGAAGAUGAAUAUUACAGUAAAUUAAAGGGUGAGGGAGACAAAACGUAGUACAGGAAUUGUAUGUUUUUGAUAGGCUUUUAUAUAGAAAAAAUCUAUUUAUUUGUGUCAUUGACGUUUUUGUGUCUCCUUGUGUGAAAUAUUCCGUUGUUCACUGCAAUACACAGUACUGAAUUGCAAAAUUUGCUUAACAGAUUUUCUCUGACUUCAAACUUACUUGAUCUGCAAAUAUCCUCUCUUACAACCUAAGCACUUACCGAGAAAUUUAUUUAGGAAAAGGGGUUAAAAUUAACUUCUUUUUUAUUUACAAAAGAUAUAUCAAACAAAUAAACCAAUAAAAAGAUAUAUAAUAUGCAAAUGCAAGGCAAAUAAAUGCUGUACGCAAAUAAUAUAAAACUUAAUUAAAAAAUAAGAGUGAUAUAACAGUUCCCUGUCUUAUGUCUACUGUGACUUGUGAUCAGUCAUUGGGAAAUUACUGUAACCAAGUUUGGAACAAAACCAUUUGCUGGGAAUGUAACCCUGUUGUAGGGUAAAUUGCUGAAAUUAUAACUAAUUAUAAUGGAAGUCAUUCAGAAUUUGGUAAUGUAACCCAUAUGUAAGAUCAGUUGUUAGGAUGUAACCUGCUUUAUAUGUCAGUCAUCUUAAAGAUACCUCACUGUAAGAUGGUAAGAUUAUUAAUCAGAAAUGUAACCUGGAUGUAAGUUGGGGAUUAUCCAUAAUCACUGAAAGCAAUAUUUUGCUGAAUACAGUAUGUAUGUACAUUCAAUAGUGAUAAUUCAGUUGUAUGUCAUUGUUGGUACAAUCUUUCAGCAAAAUAAUUUUACGAAGGAACUAGCACUACCAUUUAUAUAUCAAGUGGUACAACCUAUUUUGUGAACAGCUUGAUUUUAUUAUUUCUUACACCUCUAAAAACUUUUAAGCAAAUAGGCAUUGGCUUUAACCUGCUUUUCAUUCUAUGCCUUAGUUUGUGACUUCUCAAAAUGUGUUAACUCCAGUUGCCAGAUAUUUUCUUUGGCUACCCUCAUGAAGGAAACUGCUACAGAAUUUGAUAAUGAAAUUUUCUAGUCUUUUUGUAACAAGCUUGAAGUUAUUGCUGUGACUCAAACAGGACAUAACUGUUAAGAACUCUUGCUGGCUUUUUUUUUGUUUUUUUUGAAGAUAAUAUGUUGAAUAUUUUGAUUUGAAAUUGUUUGUAAAAUCACUAAUUGCAAAUAAUAAAUAUUGCAUACAUUUCAGUUGAACUCUGUGUUGAAUUGUAAUUUAGUUUUUUAUAGCUUGAGAUCUUAUUGGUCUGCUGUGCUGAGAAUAGUAACUUGCAUUCAGAAACUUGACAAGGGGUCCAUUUGAGGGACCAAGUGAGAGCUGACUGGAAGGCCAGAAUUAAUUGGAAGAAAAUGUUUAUACUGUUCUUUAUGCAAAACUCUGUUUGCAUGCUCUUUUGUAUGAACCUUACUGGUCACUUAAGCAGUGUAACCUUACUCUUGAUUCUUAAAGAUGGCAGCUAAUGACUGAUGUUUGUAUAUCUUUGUAAAUAUAUGGCUGGUAUAAUGAAA